ACGUCAAGCAAAAGUGCUUAUGGCGCCAUUGUGUUGUGUGGUUUCUGCGAAAAAUUUGACAGAAACCUCUUUUGCGGGGCCAAGUGCAAUAAGUAUAAAUUAGAUUUUCCAGUAGGUAUUCAAGCGGCGUCCUUCGUACCUGACUGUACGGGCUGAAGUCUGUAGCCCGGACUCACGAGGAUCACAACGAGUUUUGCUUUCGAUGCCUCACCAAGCAUUCACAUUUUGGCAACCUCCCUGGGUUGUAGUCAUGGCGCUGGGUUGGUGGCGGUAGGAGACAUUGUGCUCUGGCUGCCAUCUGUGCGCCAUGUCCAAGCACUCGAGCCUGUUUUACACUUUUGAAGUGGUUGACACAAAGUUUACCAUCCUGCGGAGGUAUCAGAACCUCAAGUCCAUUGGCUCUGGGGCCCAGGGCAUAGUCUGUGCGGCCUAUGACUCGGUGACUGGUCAAAAUGUGGCCAUCAAGAAGCUCAGCCGUCCUUUUCAGAAUGUGACCCAUGCCAAGCGAGCAUAUCGGGAAUUCAAGCUUAUGAAGCUGGUCAAUCACAAAAAUAUAAUUGGCCUGCUCAAUGCCUUCACCCCACAGAAGUCGCUGGAGGAGUUUCAAGAUGUCUACUUGGUCAUGGAGCUGAUGGACGCCAACCUGUGCCAGGUGAUCCAGAUGGACCUUGAUCAUGAACGCAUGUCUUAUCUUCUCUACCAAAUGCUCUGUGGCAUCAAGCAUCUCCACCUGGCUGGCAUUAUUCACAGAGACUUGAAACCUAGCAACAUUGUUGUUAAGUCGGAUUGCACGCUGAAGAUUCUGGACUUUGGCUUGGCACGAACUGCAGGGACAACAUUUAUGAUGACACCUUAUGUGGUCACUCGCUACUAUCGGGCUCCUGAAGUUAUUCUUGGCAUGGGCUACAAAGAAAAUGUGGACAUCUGGUCAGUUGGCUGUAUAAUGGGAGAAAUGAUCCGAGGUGCAGUGCUCUUUCCUGGCACAGAUCACAUUGAUCAAUGGAAUAAGAUCAUUGAACAGCUGGGUACACCAUCACAAGAGUUCAUGCGCCGUCUGCAGCCAACAGUGCGCAACUAUGUGGAGAAUCGUCCUCGGUAUGCAGGCUACAGCUUCGACAAGCUCUUUCCAGACGUGCUGUUUCCUUCCGAUAGUCAUGAGCACAGCCGGCUGAAAGCCAGUCAAGCGCGUGAUCUGCUCUCCAAGAUGCUUGUGAUUGACCCAGAAAGGCGUAUCUCCGUAGAUGAAGCCCUUGCUCAUCCUUACAUCAAUGUGUGGUAUGAUGAAGCUGAAGUGAACGCGCCAGCACCUGCGUCAUAUGACCACUCCGUAGAUGAACGUGAACACACGGUGGAGCAGUGGAAAGAAUUGAUUUACAAGGAAGUCCUUGAGUAUGAGCAGACUCACAACAGCCUUGGAACUCCUGGUCGCAAUGCUUUGCAUGGCUCCUCACAAGAUGGUGCAAUAGAAGUGAUAGAUGGAGACCAGUCUGUGGACCAGUCAUCCAAUGGAGGGGCUUCAGCAAACAGCUACCAUCGACGGCGUUACCAGUCCUAGCUGCAUGGGAAGAGCUGUGACAGCUGAGGGGAGACGCAUCCAGAAAGCCUCUGGAGGAAGAACUCGUGCACCACCUGUUCUCUUGCUGUCCAUCUCUGCAGUUUUCUUCUCCAUAACCACAAGCUCAACAUUGCUUGCCUUGAUUUUCACGACAUGGGGCCAUGGAGUGAUCUUGAGGCCCCACACGAUGGGCAUGCUUGCUGUUGGGCAGGUGGUUUUAUUUAAUAAGUUUUGUCUUAUUACAACUUCUUUUCUCCCAGUGAGGUCAAAUGAAUGGAUUAUACGACAAUUGUCUUUAGGGAUUUGACCAGUAGUAAAUGUUGGAAUUCUAUAUGCUGAUUGCAGUGUGCAGUAUAAUAGCUGCAAGGGCUAUGGCAGUGUCCCCGGGAAGAAGAUAUUUGGAGAAAAUUUCUCCCAUGUCAGUUCUGUGUGUACAGGCCAUGGUCUUCCUGAAGUUCUUUGCAGCCGUAUUGUGCAAAGGUGGGGUUGCAUUACUUCUGCCCCAUAAAUGCAGCUCUUGGCAUUGGCUUUUUAUUGGCUUUCUUAUAGCAGUUAACAUUGGUGGGAAAGCACACAUCAGUGAAAGCAAACAGAUACCAGUGAAAACUGUAAAGUUAUGUACAAGCUGAGAGACACCUGUUUUGUUGAAUCCUUCAUAAUUGUUUCUUUUUUGCAACAUUUGAAGCUGCAGCACUGCGCAAGUUAUUUUAUGCCAUUUUAUUUCUUUUGCUUUUACCCAUGUGGACAGGCUCGUGAAAGAAUGCAUCUAGUUAUGUGUUUAGGCACUUGUCUUUAUUGAAUGUUUUUUUUCUCUUUUUUUUCUGAAGAAGGCAGAUGUAUUUAAAAUAUCGUGAAAAAAAAGUGCAUGAUAGAAAUGAAUAGAAUCGUGCUCAUUGUGCAAGAUAAAUUAUUGUCCUUAUUAUCUCUUCAUAACUGAGGGAUCUGUUGUGAAGAGAGCUAUCAAGAAUGGACAGGCUUACUAGGCUUUUAUUCAGGCCAACAGCUGAAUGAAUUUUGCAGGCAUGUUAGUUUGGCUUCUCUGUUACAGCUUUUAGCCAACUAGCAUCACUGAAAGUAUGGUGUAAGCAGUGAGGAUGAAAAGUCUGCUUUUAGCAGUGAAUAGAGCUUGUGGAGCGGUAUGCUCAUUGUAUGGAGCUGAAAUUUGCAUGCCUUUAGCUUUUUUGGCAGAUUUUGUGAUAAUUGAAGUGGACUUCUUUGAGGUUUUACAAGUGGCUGUGGCAGAACGCAAGAUAUGGUGCAGGCCAUUGAGGCUGCUUGUUCAGUCUGAGUGCAGAGGUCAGGCCCGAGGCACGUGGAACCUAGUCAUGCUGCAUGCAAGACAUCCUAGUACAGGAAUUGUCUUUUUUUUUUUAAUAGGAUCUGCAAUUGCGUAUUGUGUGCACCAUCUGUCUCCGAUUGUUAGUUGGCCCUACUGACUCUGUUCUUUCUUAUACUGUCGUUUGUCUGUAUUCUGUUCAUUUCAACUUUCAUGUAGAAGGGAAUCAUUUCUUGUGCUUUUAUCAUCCUUGUUGUUAUACACAAGACUGCUCCCAAGUGUUUGUGGAAGUGCAGAGGCAUUUGUUAUGAGUGUGCAAACUUUUGUGAUGUGUGAUUUUGGAGGAGGGGAUUUUUUUUACAUUGUUUGGUUAGCCAUUCAGGAUUGUCUGUAACUGCUACAGAGCACUGAACACAGCAGUGUGAAAGUGGGCUGAGUUAUGAUUGAGGAUUGCAAUUUCGCCGAGGCACCAACACAGCAGCCGAGCCUUGGGCUUGUAUCCAUCGCUUAACAUGGGCUUGACCCCCCAGGAACCUUUUGUGUGGGUGGGCAGACAAUUUGGUUCAGCUGCUGCUUGUCAGUUAAAAGAGAAGUGUGUGAAUGUGUAUGUUUGUUUCUUGUGUAGUUGAGUGACAGAGCAAGGUUGAUAGCUGUGGAACCAGGUCACUGACAGGUUUGCCAACUAGCUGCAGGGUCUGGGGCACACCCCACAGGUGAUGCAGUCUUUCUGUUCUUCCUGCUCGUCUGAUCGGGUAGGAUUAGCCGCCAUGUCUGUACAUAUAUAUACGCAAUAGUCUUACUUCCUCUAGAGUCCCACUAAUACGCUCUGUACUGAUGGACAAGCCCCUUUUUUAGGUUUUUGAAGGACAGGUGGUGAAGUGUUUUUGCCUUUUUGAGACGACGUUGUAUAAAGAACAGAAAAAAAAACACAUUGUACAUUUUGAUUUUUACUGUGACGCCCAUUGGGGAGAGAGUUCUUUUGUGUGUGCAUGUGUGUGCAUGUGUUUCCUCUGGGGAGAUAUUUCCCUUGCGUUGGCCUUCACUGGAGCAGCCUUCGCAAGCUGCGCUUGCACCAUAGGCGUCGUGUUAUUGUUUUCCUCGUUUUUGCGCAUUUUAUGUUGGUUUUUACUUUUGUUCAACAAAAACCAAGGGAAAAUAAAUUAGAAAAAUUCACUGAA